UGUUGUCAUGGCGGCGGUUUAAACUGCAGUCAAGCUCGUUUUUAGCACACAAUAUGGGCAUACCGUCUCAUAUUUUACAUUACUGUGUUUUUCAUACGCUUACUUUUUAACCCUUUAUACUGUAUGUUUAUUUUUUUUGUCAAGUGCAACUUUUAUUGAAUGAGCGUCGAACCGUUGCUAAUGCUAACCGUCGUUUGAGGGUCUGCUUGGUUUUAGUUUGCGAUAUAUGAUUCAUAUAUAGAGGAAGGAAAUUACUGGUUGUUUUGAAAUGAAGCCAAUACUUUCCCGACCUCUGUGAUUUUGCUACAAUGAUAUCCCAAACAAAGCUUUUGUUCAAUGAGGACAUCCUGGCAAGAACCAGCAACAGAGCCACUCGUGUUGCCUCACCAAGCGUCAUUGUAAUUGAAAAACUGCUGCCAAACUCUCGGGAGCGUCAACACAAUGUGGACAGCAACCAGAGCUCGUUCGGUUUUACUGUACUCUCUGAGGAGAGUGUUAACAAUGCAGUCCUGCUCGCCAAGAGAGAUCUGAGAAACAUGCGCCUACAUUCAAACGAUCAACAAGACUCGGUACUUGUGACCAAUGGUGUGACUGUGUAUCAGGAUUUGGAAGUGGACCAGGAAAAGUCUAAAGCAAAAAGUUCAGAAGUGAAACCAAUUAGACCUAUAUCAAAACCUCUGCCCAAACCAUCCAAGAAGUCAUCUCAGAGAGCCCCAACUUCUGCUGUUCUUCCUGCUGGACCUAAAGCCAGAAAUCCUGCCCUGAAACCAUUAGGGGACAAUCAGAAGUCUGUGUUAGGCCAAGAAAUAUGCAGGCUACAGAAUGAGCUGGAGUUGUAUGUCAGGAAAGUUGAAGAUCUGGCUAAUAAAGAGGAGAAAGAGGAAGAACCACUGGAUCCUGACGAGGAAAAGAAAAUACAAAUACGACGGGAGAAGCAGGCAGCUCGUUCAUCACGCUUCAUUUACGAUCUGCAACACCAGGUAAAAGAGAUUCAAGAUGAUAUCGUGAAGCUGCGCAGCCAGAAUCUUUGGGACAGCAACAAGUCCACAGCAGUGCAUAGACUUGCUGCUGCCCACCGUGGUACACUCCGGGCGCUGCAACUUGUUGUCCAGCAGAUUGAAGAUCUAUCCCGGGGCGUAUUGCCGCCUCAUCACAGAGAACUUGGCCAGCUGAUCCGUCAGCUUUCUUUGUGCUCAGCCAAGAUAGAAGUUGAUCAUGGUUCAGUUGUGCCUGAGGCAACGCUCGACAUCCUACAGAAACUGGAGACUCUAGAUUCUGCUUGGAAUAAACAAACGCUGCACAACACUCAUGUAUCGGCAAGUCCUCCACGCAGGCGGUCCCCUCAUCACAGCAUGUCCCCUCAGAGAGCACCCAGAGGAGCCAGCAAGACCCGAGGGCGAUCUAAACCCACCAAUCUAAAAAGAAAUAAUCAUGGCAAAAGGAAGCGAUUGCAAAAACCCCAGGUUACGUUUUCCCAACCGUUGACGAGAGGAGACGUGCUGAGGGGCUGCUUGCAGCUUCUCGCCCAGCAGAGGGGGCUAGUCUUACACACAAACACUCCUCACGCUGAAGCGACAGCGCCUCAACCGUUGUGGAGAAAACCCAAACCAACGAUGACGGACAAUCCGAAGCCAGAUGUCAGCUUCCAUCAGCCCACUGUUGCCUCCCGGCUGAGAGUCAAUCAAAUCCCCCAAAAAGAGCAGUCAGUGCCCUGGAUGCCCACAUCUCCUCACACGCCUUAUCCCGCCCGAUCCCCUGAAAGGAGCCGACCAGCACCCCGUUGUCUAUUCUCCACUGAAAAACCCCCACAGAGUCCCCCAAAGCAGGCGGCAGCAUGCAUUGGCAAAGAACCAGCUGUGAAAGCUUCUUCACAAAGGAAAAUAUAUCAAGAAGAAGAAGCAGUAAGACGUGGCCGGCUGGAAACAGCGACAACGAGGCAACUGAAAGAAGAUGGUGAACACAUUCAGAGAUUCAGGCCUGACAACGUCUCACCGACUCAGAGGGCAGAGCAGGUCAGACAGAGAAUGCAGCCGCUGCUUGAUGAAGUGCAGCAAAUAAGAAAGGCCGGGAAUGCAGCCACUUCUCCCCUGAGGAGUUUGUUGUCUGAGACUGCAGCUGAGACGGCAGCAGAGAGUCCUGAACAGCUGAGCGAAGCCAUUUUGGAAGAUUUGUCUCAGGGCACGACCCAGAACUGCCUGGAGACCAUGCUGCUUCGCAUGGAGGCAAUCCAGGUGAGGGGUACCCCACAGACAAGCUCAUCAGAGAAAGGUCUCUGCUGCACCAGAAAGAGGGACCAGGAGGAAGUGAGGCGGAGGUUUGCUUCAAUCACCUACUCGGACCCACAACACUGGAGCCAAACAGGAGGAGCAGGACGCUUUGGUUCAGGCACUCAGCCGGUUUCUCCUCUGCCAAUUAGACUCACAAGGCCGGUUUUAAGACUCAACCCUGAAGCUGAUAUUCUCCUAGAGAAACCUGUGGAUACUGGGGCCAGCGUCCUCUCGGAGACCAGCGUGACAGAGGAUGCUCCGCCAGACGCUCCGCCGUCUGGUACCAGCAAGUUCCCGGGUCCAGUGGCGAGAAGAACCGCGGCGACUGUUCUGUCUGUACCAGGAAGCAUGCUGGGGAGAAUCCGCAGAUACCGGGAGGCGUAUAGUUCUCACCUUUUUGGGUCUCGUGAGGAUGUCAUUGGCCUCAACCCUUGGGCCAUCGCAGAUAGUCUGGCAGAGGAACUCCUGUCUGAGGUCAUGGCCGACGUGGCAGCUGAAUUCCAGGACGUAGCCGAGGAAUAUACGGAAGCCAUCUUCACCUCUGAGUUCCUGAAGCCAGUUCCUGCCGCCUCUGCUGCAGCAAUGAUGGCCUGAGAGGACGUCAGUUAUGUAGUUUACUAACCAUCAUGAACUCCGUGUUGUGUUUAUAAAUUGGGAUUUUCAUCUAUUUAUUUUUUCACAUCUUUUUUUGUUACACUUACUUUUUGAUUCCAGUAGUUUGAUGCUUGCUGUGUAAAAUACAAAUCAUGGGAAACUCUGAUUGACGUAUUUGCUGUCCUU